AUGGUCAAAAUCGACGAAUUCGCCGUCGAGCGAUGGAUGGAUGACUAUGAAAAUGAUGCCAAAUUCAAUUUGGCAGAGACUUGCUGCGCCUCAAUCUCCCUGACCGAUCUCCUUGCUUUCUCGGGGAGCUCGGAUCAGGAAGACAAGCUCUUGGAUUUCUCGAAGAAGCAGGUCUAUGGAUCAAUCCGAGGAUCAACAGCUUUACGCACCAAUGUAGCACGGCUAUACUGUAGCGACUCGUCUACUUCAUUGCCCGCAGAUCAAGUUCUUAUCACGAACGGAGCGAUCCAGGCAAACUUUUUGGCUCUUUAUACGAACGUUGGCCCUGGAGACCAUGUUAUUUGCCAUUAUCCCACCUACCAGCAGCUAUACUCCAUUCCAAAGUCAUUUGGAGCCGAGGUCAGCCUAUGGAGGUCCAGGGAGAAUGAAGGAUGGCGUCUUGAUCUUGAUGAGCUGAGAUCGUUGAUUCGUCCAAACACCAAGUACAUCAUUAUCAACAAUCCUCAAAAUCCUACUGGUGCCGUUUUGAGUCGCGCAAACCUGCAAGGAAUUGUGGACAUCGCACGGGAGCACGGAAUCAUUCUCCACAGUGAUGAGGUGUAUCGGCCUCUAUUUCAUUCGUUGGACGCAGAUAGCCAGGAUCCACCAUCUGUACUCUCCUUCGGAUACGAGAAGGCGAUUGUUACAGGUUCCAUGUCUAAGGCCUUCAGUUUGGCUGGUAUCCGACUUGGUUGGAUCGCAUCGUUGAGUCCUGAAAUCGUUGAAGCCUGUGCAUCUACCAGGGAUUAUACUGUGAUAUCCGUGAGCCAGGUUGAUGAUCAAAUUGCCACGUUUGCUCUGGAUAGCCCAACUGUGCAUAAUCUUCUGUCACGCAACAUCGAUUUGGCUCGGCGAAACCUUGCCGCUGUGGACGACUUUGUGAAGGAUUUCAAGUGGGCCUGUCGAUGGACUCGCCCUCAAGCAGGCACGACCGCUUUUAUUCGGUUUUCUGACAAGGGAGGAAGCCCCGUUGAUGAUGUGGAGUUUUGCAAGCGUCUGCAGCAGAAAACCGGAGUAAAGUUCGUGCCUGGAAGCCAGUGCUUUGGGGGCGGAGUUGAUUUCAAGGGCUUUGUUCGGGUGGGCUACGUUAAUGAGCACCAAGUCAUCAUUGAUGGCCUGAAAGCCCUCCGAGUUUUCAUGGGUACUGAAUAUGCCGAGGUACCAUUGGCAUAA